CCAAACUUUUCCCACACCAGUUGGCCUUUACAUCUUGAGGUUUUCACUGUUGGCAAAACCGCGUGUCGGUCAUUCAAGAAUUUUGCCCUUAUUACGUUGGAAGGGCCGAAAGUAAAUCGCUUUCAGCAUGUCGAGCAGCGAGGACUGGGAUGACUUUGGUGCCAAGCCUAAGGCCGUUAAGAACGCGACGGUCUCCAAAAUCGCGAAGGCCCCACCUAAAGCGAAGCCACGCACAACAGGGGCAACUAAAAAGAAGCCGGCCUUGGGUGAAUCGAACUCUUUCUUGGAUGCGGAAGAGGAUAUUGCUCCAGCUGCUAACAGCAGAAAGGCGUCUUCAACAGACGUAGAAACAAAAACAGUCGAAGAGAUUUACCAAAAGAAAACUCAACUCGAGCACAUUCUUAUUCGGCCGGAUACGUACAUUGGAUCCGUGGAAAGUCAAACGGUCCCUAUGUGGGUAUUUGAAGACGAUAAGAUGGUAUGGCGGAAUGUCACAUUCGUUCCUGGUCUCUACAAAAUCUUCGACGAAAUCAUUGUCAACGCGGCCGACAACAAGGUUCGAGAUCUCUCUAUGGAUGUCAUCAAAGUAAACAUUGACAAGGAGAACAAUAUGAUAUCCGUAUAUAACAACGGUCGAGGAAUUCCGAUAGAAAUGCACUCGAAGGAACAAGUCUAUGUUCCGGAAUUGAUCUUUGGACACCUACUUACAUCGUCGAACUACGAUGACAAUCAAAAGAAGAUAACGGGUGGAAGGAACGGUUAUGGAGCUAAAUUAUGUAACAUAUUCAGUACUGAAUUCAUAGUGGAAACGGCGGAUUCCGUAACAGGACGGAAAUUUACUCAAAUAUUUUCAGAAAACAUGAGCAAGAAGGGCGUGCCCAAGACUACGAGUAAUCCCCGGGGAGAGAAUUACACUAAAAUUACUUUCAAGCCCGACCUCGCCAAAUUUGGCAUGUCCACCAUCGAUAACGAUUUCGAAGCCUUGGUUAAGAAGCGCGUCUAUGAUUUGGCCGGUUGCAUUCGCGGCGUUAAGGUCUUCUUGAAUGACGCCCGCCUGAAAGUCAAAGACUUCAAGGAGUAUGCAGAAUUGUACGUUAAUAGUGCUACACCCGCUGGCGCGGUUGGCAAACCGACUAUCAUUUACGAACGCCCCAAUGAACGGUGGGAAGUGGCUUUCACCAUCAGCGAUGGUCAAUUUCAGCAAGUUAGUUUUGUCAACUCCAUCUGUACGAUGAAAGGUGGAACACACGUGAACCACGUCGCCGAUCAACUUGUUGCGAGUUUAAUAGAAGCAGUAAAGAAGAAAGACAAGAAAGGUGUGCCGCUCAAGCCAUUUCAGGCGAAAAACCAUUUGUGGCUAUUUGUCAACUGUUAUAUCGAAAAUCCGGCGUUUGAUUCGCAAACCAAGGAAAACAUGACCUUGCGUCAAAGCAGCUUCGGUUCCAAAUGCAAUAUCUCAGAAGACUUCAUGAAAAAAGUUCUCAAGUCCGGUGUGGUGGACAACAUCUUGAGUUUCGCCAGAUUUAAGCAGGACCAGCUCCUUAAGAAAACUGAUGGAGUCAAGAAGACCCGUAUUACGGGAAUGGCUAAACUUGACGAUGCAAAUAAUGCGGGAACUCGCAACGCACACAAGUGUACGCUAAUUCUCACGGAAGGAGAUUCAGCCAAGUCACUCGCUGUCAGCGGUCUUUCUGUUGUCGGUCGUGAUAACUUUGGGGUUUUCCCCUUACGAGGCAAAUUGCUGAAUGUUCGCGAGGCAUCCCAUUCGCAAAUUACUCAAAAUACCGAAAUCAACGCCAUCAAACAGAUUUUGGGUCUACAGCAUGGAAAAGUGUACACCAGUACCGACAGUUUAAGAUAUGGGCAUCUUAUGAUUAUGACUGAUCAAGACCAUGAUGGUUCUCAUAUUAAGGGACUGAUUAUCAACCUACUGGACCACUUCUGGCCUAGCUUGUUAAAAGUGCCUGGUUUUCUUCUCGAAUUUAUUACACCCAUUGUGAAAGUGACAAAGGGCAGCGGGUCGCAGAAGAGGGAGCAAUCUUUUUUCACCAUCCCAGAGUAUGAGGAAUGGAAGCGGGCUCAUGAUGAUGGGAAAGGUUGGACCAUAAAGUACUACAAGGGUCUGGGUACAAGCACUACUGAAGAUGCCAAAAAAUAUUUUUCUGCGAUGAACCGCCAUUUAAAGCCGUUUAGUGCGGCGCAAGACGGAGAACGUGAGCUGAUUGACAUGGCCUUCAGUAAAAAGAAAGCUGACGAUCGCAAGGAGUGGCUGCGGCAAUUCCAACCGGGAACAUAUAUGGAUCAUUCCCAAAACCGCAUUGCGAUUUCAGACUUCAUCAAUAAGGAGCUCAUUUUAUUUUCAAUGGCUGACAAUGCCCGAUCGAUUCCUUCCGCUGUGGAUGGUCUAAAACCAGGUCAGCGGAAAAUUCUGUUCUCUUGCUUUAAAAGAAAUUUGAAGCAAGAAAUCAAGGUGGCCCAGCUCGCUGGUUAUGUGUCAGAACACUCUGCAUACCACCAUGGAGAGCAAAGCUUGUGCUCUACCAUCGUCGGUAUGGCUCAGAACUUUGUCGGGAGUAAUAAUAUGCAAUUACUUGAACCUCGAGGACAGUUUGGAACCAGACUGCAGGGUGGGAAAGACGCCGCCAGUCCUCGUUACAUCUUCACAACGCUGUCCCCACUGGCACGAGCAUUAUAUCACCCAGCGGAUGAUGCUUUGCUGGCUUAUCAAAAUGAAGAUGGACAAAGUAUUGAACCUGAAUGGUACUUACCGAUACUGCCAGUGCUACUCAUCAAUGGGGGUGAGGGCAUCGGAACGGGAUGGUCAUCCUCCAUUCCGAAUUACAAUCCCCGUGACGUAGUUGAGAACAUCUUUCGAAUUAUGGAUGGGGAUGAUCUUGUACCUAUGCAUCCCUGGUACCGUGGAUACAAAGGCACAAUCGAAUUAGUUGGCAAGGACAAGUACAGGGUGACGGGAGUAAUCAAAAAGAUUGACGAAACGACCGUCGAAAUAACUGAAUUACCAAUUCGCACAUGGACCCAAAACUAUAAAGAAGAUUUAGAAUCAUGGCUUACAGGCACGGAAAAGCAGGCAGCUUGGAUCAAGGAUUAUAAGGAAUACCACACCGACUCAUCCGUGCACUUUAUUGUGACAUUAACGGAGGAACAAAUGGCCUUGGCCGAGAAGGAAGGUCUCGAGAAACGUUUCAAACUUGUUAGCUCGAUUUCCACAUCGAAUCUGGUUUGCUUCGACCAAGAGGGUCGAAUCAGGAAAUACGAAUCUGUUGAGGACAUUUUUACCGAAUUUUGCGACCUUAGGCGAAAGUAUUACCAGAAGCGAAAGGAAUAUCUUCUCAAUCAACUCAACUCGGACUUGACCAAACUGGACAACAAGGUGCGAUUUGUGACGGAAAUCAUCCAAGGCGAGCUUGUAGUCCAAAAUAAGAAAAGGGACGCUUUACUACAAGAAUUGCGUCACCGAAAGUACGUUCCGAUACACAACAAGAAAGAAAAGCCGGAUGUGGAUGAAGAAGCAGAAGACGAGGAAGAGUCAACUAAGGAGUCAAAGGGCCACGGAUACGACUAUCUACUGUCCAUGCCUAUUUGGAAUCUCACAAUGGAGAAGGUGCAGCAAUUAAUGAAGCAACGAGAUCAGAAGGCCGAGGAAGUUGUCAUUUUGACCGGCCAGUCCAUUAAUCAGCUGUGGCGUACAGACUUGGACGCCUUUUUGGCGCAGUGGGAUCAUUUUGAAAGGAUGAUGGAAGAAAACGAUUCUCAAAAACCCGCUAAUGGCACUACCGCGUUGGGAGCCGCGAAGACUGCACCCAAGAAAAAUGGGGUGUCGGCCAUUGCCAAGACCAAGCAAGCAGCAAAGAAGGUGAUAGAUGAGAAGUUAGAUAAGAAGGCGUUCGAUGUCAGCGAUGAUGAGGACGAUGAUGACGACUUCACACCUAAAGAAAAGGUUAGCCAACAUCGCGCCACCAGCGCGAAACCUCGAACAGGGGAUGGAAGCGCUAAAAGACUUACCAAAAAUACGAAGGAGGAGCAAAAAGUAGAAGACGUGAUGGAUGUUGAGAUUAAAGCAGAGCCAUCGGCGCGCAAGACAGUCGCCACUCCAUCUGUAGAGGAGUUGGCAGAAACCAUGUCCAAUAUCAGCAUUACCAAGAGACCAGAAGCCGGAAAGAAGCGCAUAUUGGGCGGGAAACGAGCGGCAGCACCCGGACAGGCCAGAACCACGACCAAAAAAGCCACCGCAAUGUCGGAGCAACUCGAGCCAGCCAAAGUCGGUGGCUUGAUUGGUAUGGAGUCCCCGGUAGAGGAUGUAGUUCCUGUCAAGACACGUCAAACAGCCAAGGCAAAGAUGCCUGCGAAGUCUCGCGCACCGAAAGCAACCAAGGUGCCCGCGGUUGUGGUGGACGAGUCUGAAGACGACGUGGAUGAUGAGAUGGAUAUCAACGUGCUGGCAACGUCAGCCAAGUCCUCCAAGUCAACAUCUCCUGCGACCACCGCGGAAAAGAAGAUAGCUCCAAGCAAAACGAAGAUAGCGCGCAACAAGAAGGCUAUUGUUGACUCGGACUCGGAUGAUGUGGAACAUGUACCCGCCGUGAUGAAGAAACCUGUAUCGGCAGCACGUGCGACCAAAAAGAAACCGGUGGUGGAUUCUGAUGAGGACGACGAAAUUGUUGCAAUUCCAGUGGUCGCUACUGGGGGACGAGGUAGAUCAACUCGCGGCAAACAACCUAUAAAAUACUUCGACCCCGGGAGCGAAGAGGAUCAGAAAGAAGAGGAGAAUGAGAAUGAAUCUGAGAGUGACUUUAAUGAUGAUGAUGAUUAUUAGUUGUUUAGGUUGUAGUGGUGGACAUGUAUGUAGUUGUAUUUGUCGAUUGCAUUUCGUUGUAAUGGAUACGACUUAGGGAUGUCAAUCUCCACUAUCUAUAUUUUGAAUAGUGGAUAACAUUGUCUGUAGAAUUUGCAACCAGCGACAGCAACGUCGGGUGGUCGCGCCCACUAUUCAGGUCAAUCCUUGGUGUAUAA